UAUCCAUUACUAAAAAUUCUAUUUCCUUCUUGUGUUUGCCACACGCCUCUUCUCUCUAUAAUAAUAUGGCCCCUCCACUUUCCAUGGAUGAUUCUCCCGUUAUUCCUUCUUCCUAUUUUGAUGUUCAGAUCCAACAAAACAACAUCCUUCCCAACAAAAUCCCAUCUUUUCAAAAGGGUUCAUCUAAAAUCUCUGAACAAACCAUUUGUACUGAUAAUAAUAACAAUAAUAAUGUUCAUCAUGAUCUGGAAAAUGAUGAUGAUGUUGUUGUUAAGGAUUAUUCAAAACGAGCCCAGUGGCUAAGAGCUGCUGUUUUGGGUGCAAAUGAUGGUUUGCUCUCAACUGCUUCCUUAAUGAUGGGUGUUGGUUCCGUCCGGACGGACGUCAAGACCAUGACCCUCACAGGAAUAGCCGGACUCAUCGCCGGAGCUUGCAGCAUGGCCAUCGGAGAAUACGUCUCCGUUUACUCGCAGUAUGAUAUUGAGAUCUCUCAGAUGAAGAGGGAGAGAGCUGCUGAUAGGAUGGAUGAAAAUGAAUACGAUGCUAAAAAGAAAGAUUUGCCCAGCCCUUUUCAGGCGGCCGCCGCGUCGGCUUUCGCCUUCGCUUGUGGCGCAGCCGUGCCCUUGCUGGCGGCUGCUUUUGUAAGAAAUUACCAUGUUAGGCUUGGAGUGGUGGUGGUGGCUUCGAGUUUUGCGCUUUUGGGAUUCGGUGGGAUAGGGGCUUUUCUGGGAAGGGCAAAUAUUGUGAAAUCUUCGUUGAGGGUUUUGUUUGGAGGAUGGGCAGCCAUGGGAAUCACCUUUGGCCUUACGAAGUUGGUUGGUCAGAAAACUGGAGUUUGAUUAUGUUUUUUUUUUUUCCUUUGAUGAAAUCUAAUUAUGUAACCUGUAAGGCUGUAACAAAUGCUACCUACAUUAGGUCCAUAAUUAUUUUUAAUCCCAAUUAAACCUUGUAUUAAUAGUGAAAAAAUAAUAUGAAUACACUUUUUGAAUACUCAUUUUGGUGUUUUAAAAUGGAUAGAUCAAUGCACGAAAUUCAUUGUUCUCCC